AGAGCAGAUCCUGUGAGAGAGUGAGGAACAGAGGAAAGAGGGACUGACCUUUUACCCAAACCUUCUCUACCUGUGAAUGACUUCCUGAACAACACAUUAGCAAAGCUCUGCGGUUUUUCUAUCGGAUUACAAAACCAGGAAUUCUCUCUCAGCUCAAGAUUUAUCAUGAAGCUCUUCCUGUUGACUGUGGUGGUGCUGCUCCUGGUGGUGGGAGAGAGCACUGCAGACAGAAUCCUGUCAAGAAGGACCAAGCGGGAGCUUGCCAAUCCGCUCCAUGUUGGUGGCAUCAGGGACCCAUUUGGCUCCUACUGCCAGAGGAGGGGAGGCUGCUGUCCCGGCAGAGACGACCUGUGCACGGUUCCCUACCUGGACACCAUCUGCUACUGUGACCUGUUCUGCAACCGCACCAUCUCCGAUUGCUGCCCUGACUUCUGGGGUCAUUGCCUAGGCAUGGAGCCACCUUUCAUUGGCACCUGUGAAAGAAAUGGAAACAAGUUCUUUACAGGGCAAACAUACAAAGAGAACUGCAAUUUAUGUACAUGUGGGACCACAGGACGCUGGGAGUGUGAGCAGAACGCCUGUCUGAUGGAGCCUGACAUUAUCCAUGCUGUCAACAGAGGACACUAUGGGUGGAAGGCAGCUAACUACAGUCAGUUCUACGGCAUGACUUUAGACGAGGGCAUCCGGUACCGCCUGGGCACACAGAGACCCUCCAAGACUAUUAUGAACAUGAAUGAGAUCCAGAUGAACAUGGAUCCUCAUAGUGACCGUCUGCCACUCUACUUCAACUCAGCAGAGAAGUGGCCAGGAAAAAUUCAUGAACCACUGGACCAGGGCAACUGUGCUGCAUCCUGGGCUUUCUCAACUGCAGCUGUGGCAUCAGACAGAAUCUCCAUCCAGUCAAUGGGUCACAUGACUCCUCAGCUGUCUCCCCAAAAUCUUAUUUCCUGUGACACGCGCAACCAGGGAGGCUGUGCUGGGGGACGUAUUGAUGGAGCCUGGUGGUACCUCCGGCGUAGAGGAGUGGUGACAGAAGACUGUUAUCCAUACCAACCUCCACAGCAAACACCAGCGGAGGUUGGCCGCUGUAUGAUGCAGAGUCGCUCGAUUGGUCGGGGGAAGAGACAGGCCACACAGCGCUGCCCCAACACACACAACUACCAGAACGACAUCUACCAGUCCACACCACCCUACAGGCUCUCAUCCAAUGAAAAGGAGAUCAUGAAGGAGAUCAUGGAUAAUGGUCCUGUGCAAGCUAUUAUGGAGGUCCACGAGGACUUCUUUGUCUAUAAGAGUGGGAUCUACAAGCACACUGACAUCAGCUUCACCAAACCGCCACAAUACCGCAAACAUGGCACACACUCCAUCAGGAUCACUGGGUGGGGAGAGGAGAGAAACUUUGAUGGGACAUCAAGAAAAUAUUGGAUUGCUGCCAACUCCUGGGGAAAGAACUGGGGGGAGAACGGCUACUUCCGUAUUGCUCGCGGGGAUAAUGAGUGUGAAAUUGAAACAUUUGUGAUUGGUGCGUGGGGCAGGAUCACAAUGGAGGACAUGCACAGCCACCAUCACCACCAUCGUCGCCGACACAUUUAGAAACACAACAGAUGUUAAAACCCCACCAAGACCUUUGUUUUUAAUCCCACCUAUAGCUGGGUUUUUACCCCAGAGGAGAUCCCCACCAGUCUCGGAACUGGGCACAUCCCCUUACCCAUCAAACUGACUGGGACAGCCACAAAAUCAAUCUCAGAGCCCCUGAACCUUCUCUUUCUUAUAUCUUACUUUACUCUGGGAAUCAAUACAACCCCUCUUCUCCUCCAUCUUUACUAUUUUAAGACAACCCUCCUCACUCUCCCUGUAACUCAAGGUUUAUGGCACCAAAAAUACAAAGAAAAACUCAAGUGAACUAAAGCUCUUUUUAUGUUGCCUUGCAAUUAGGCACCUCAGGUAUCUACUGAUCCAAAGACCACACUUCCCAGAAUCCUCAGCGUAAUAUCUGGUAAAACAUGUUCAUGUCAAAGUUGGGUGAAGAAAGAAGGAGACGCUCAAUUUAAUGUUUUCAUUCUUCUUUGUGCUUCUUUGUCAACCUGAACCUUUAGUCUUUUCUAGCUCUAAAUCUAUAAUCCAGACAGACCCAAUUUCAGAAGGACACUGUGGAAAAGAGGAAAUCUGAGAGCCAGAUUAUCAGACAUCAGACCCUUUCAGAGAGCCAAACUGUGUAACCUGAUAAUAUAUCAUAGAUGACCUUACUGACAUAAACCUGUCAGCUACACAGACGCACAGUUUGGCUCAUUCCCUCAGUUUUAGAGAGGACACUUGUAUGAAAGUAGUAACUGCAGGCAGUAGAGUUCUCACACAUUCCAGUAAAAACGUAGAAUCUGACACUGGAAACAGUAGGAGAUUUGAUGUGGAGUAUAAGAUGACAAAAACUCUGAUUUGGGAUUUUAGGAUUUACAGUGCCACUGGCCAUGACCAGCAGUCAAAAUGACUCCCAAUACCAUUGGACAUUUUAAAGCUAUUUAAUAAUCAAACAGGAUAACUCUUGGGACUACAUGUUUAUACUGGGAAGGACAGUGUCAGUAGAUAAGAUUAAACAUGUAUCAUUUGGUCUUGGCUGCAGGUGAAAUAAAUAAUUUUCAGUCUUACUAGAUUGUUCUUACAUGAACAAUGAUAAACACUUAAAUGAAAGCCAUGCUGCCAUUCUUCACCCCACUGUCUCAUUUGAAAAGUAAAACACUGAUGCGUUAAGAGGCAAAACAGACUGUAAUGCCUUAAAGAAACAGAGUUUGUUUUGACCGAUGUAAAAGAAAGUGUUUGUGUAUAGUAGUCUUAAUUAGCUCUGUUCUGUGUUACAAUUUGAGCUAAAGAUGUUAUUUUUUCAUUGCAGUUAUGUUUUGAAGUUUUAUUUUACUACUUGUUUAAAGAUGUGCUGUAUGUAGUAACUUUAAUAACACACGCAUCACUGAGUUGCUUUUCUGCUUGUGCCUCUACAUAGUUGUAACGAGGGGGGGAUAUUGCUGCUAAAGUCCGGUCUGUGCUACAGUAUUUGACUGGAGUCUUUAGUUUAAUGCAUUUCAUAUGUAAUAAGAAUGUAAAGCCACUUCUAACUACUGCUGAAACACCAGUUCAAGUCACACAGGCUGCAGAUGAGCUUGUCUUUUGACUUUAUGUUCUCAUAUUUUAUUUCUCAUUUUUAUUGUUUUCUGCUGGAAAACUCAACAUGCUCCAACUUAUCAGUGGUGUGCUUAUCUUUGCUACAGUACCACAGCGCUUUAUGGUGUCUUUAUUGCAACUGGUUACAGGCUGAUUGAGGGAUUUUCAGAUCUUUUUGAGCGCCUCCCUUGAUAAAGAAAGCAUGGUGUAUUAUAACCACUUACCUUAAAUUACAUGCUGGUGUGCUUCAGCUGUAACUUCAAACGGCUUUUCAGUUCCUAUAUCAUCAUGUCUUCUAAUCUUUAAGUUCCCUCUAUCAUGUCCUUCAGGCAUGGAUAGGCAGAUAGGCAUAAAAGCAAAGAGAAAUGUCUGGAAGGACAGGCAAUUUGCAAUGUGGUGGAGGGGCUGUAGAUAGAUAAGCAAUUAUUGCAUGUUUCUCAUGCAAUGUACUGAAUCCUUGCUUUCAUUCUGAUGUGAACGAGGGCAGGGAAAGAUGAAGAGCAGCCAAUCAACAUGAGAUGCACAACAGGUUUACAAUAAAUGACACCAAGGACAAUGUGAAAUGAGCUCUUUGGUCUGAAGAGUGAUUAUGAUAAUCUUCUGUCAGCAGAAAGAAAGAGAUUCCUCUUUAUAUUUUUUCAUCUGUGGGCAUGUUGCUAUAGCUCCUUUACAUGAGAGAAAAAGAUCAAUGGACAAAACUUAAUUUGCUAGAUUGGUUUAUGUUACUGUGUGCAGUCCUCACUGAAAGUCCAUUGAGUAGAGACAUCUUGUCAGUGUACAUUUAUUUUUCUUAGAGUAUGUUGGAUUAUAGGUCAUUCAGGUUCAUUGUUAGCUUGGAAAACCCAAAUCUAUUCCAUAUAAAUUGAUCUUACUUUCAGCAAUGGUUUUCUCCAACUACACACAGCCUCUCCUCUAACCCCCCCACCCCCCAGGAGCUACAGCAGACAUCCACUCAGAAGUUGUGUAUUUCAUGUAAAAUGAACCACUCCGUAUUCACCGAUGUGUAGACUUUAUUUAUGAUAAGAUAUGUAAAUUAUAUACUUUUAUUCUUUGUUUUCCUGUGCAAUGUUUUUAUCAUCUCUCUGUCUCUUGUAUUGUGUGUACUAAAUUGCAAUACCACAUUAGUGUUCACUUGUGCGUCACAAUAAAGUCUUUCCAAAACCA